GCUGGCCGGGGCUGGGAUGACGACGACUCUUGGAGUGCAACUUCGUGGCAAAGCUCCUCUACGGACACGUGCCGCUGGGAAAGGAAGGAUCCAAGCAUGCAUCGGAUGACGAACCACCUCCAGUCAGACAAGAGUCUGAGUCGAGAUUCCUUGGAAGUUCUGCUCGAAAAGGCCUACGAGGGUUUCUCGGAUGAGAGUGAUCCCGAUGUGGGCCCUCCGUCUGAGGGCAAGGAGUCGCGAGGCUCCUUGAAAAGCCUCGAUUCGGCAACCACCCUGGAACUGGGAAGCAUGAGCAGGGAGAGCUUGGAGGAUGAGGUCGCGGACACUUUGGUGGACAAAGGGAUUGAGCUUGACGAUGGCUCGGCCGACAAGCUCCCCAAGAUCACAGUUCAGGAGGACGGCCGGGCUCUGCCGAGCACGGUUCAGGAGGGCGAGAAGCAAGUCCCGCAGAACACGGUUCAGGUCGAAGCCGAGAAGCAAGUCCCGCAGAGCACGGUUCAGGAAGCCGAGAAGCAAGUCCCGCAGAGCACGGUUCAGGAAGCCGAGAAGCAAGUCCCACAGAGCACGGUUCAGGAAGCGGAGAAGCAAGUCCAGCCGCAGAGCACGGUUCAGGAAGCGGAGAAGCAAGUCCAGCCGCAGAGCACGGUUCCGGAAGCCGAGAAGCAACUCCAGCCGCAAAACACGGUUCAGGUGCCGGAGAAGCAAGUCCAGCCGCAGAGCACGGUUCAGGAUCCCGAGAAGCAAGUCCAGCCGCAGAGCACGGUUCAGGUGCCCGAGAAGCAAGUCCAGCCGCAGAGCGGUGCAGACACGGCUGCUGGAGGCGGACAGAUGGUCAAGCAAGAGCCGGAGUCCGACGAUUGGCGAAGGGACAAGUACGGGAAGUUGCUAGGUCCAGCUGCUCUCUAUGCCCGAUUCUAUCGCACUGGGAGGAGCCUGGUUCUCAGGAAUGCUUCGUUCGGUAUCAAGGGCCCCAAAUCGCCGCCGGAAGUUCGGGAGAAGAUGGCUGAUGCUGAGCGAAGCGAGGACCUCGCAAACGACCUCUACGCACGCCACAAGGAGCUGGAAAUGACGUUGCUGAAGGUCUUUGACACGAUCAAGGACAUUUCCGACAAGAAGUUCACGAAUUCCGCCGACAUGCAGAUCGAAGCAAACGAUGUGGACGAGAACGAUGUGCACACAGCGAUGGAUGCUUUGCUCGAUGAAGAGAUGCCGGAGUCGAGCCUGCAGCCUGGGAAGCCCGGGAACAACGAUAACCAAAAGCCGAAGCCGCAGCCGAAGCCGAAGAAGGAAAAAACGUGGAGGGAGAAGGCCCAGGAUGCGGACAAGCGGGCCAACAAGGAAAUCAUCGACUAUGCUGGCUUCAAGCAGAUCCUGUCCUCGCCGGCUGCUGGUGUGGCGAGCAACAUGAAGGCCGCCAUUUUGGCGGAUGUGGAUCCCGCCAAGAUCCACCUGGAGCAGGUCAAGUACAAGGUGGCAACAGCAAUCGGGCAGAAGGUUUCGGAAGUGAAGAUGGAGCCCCUUUUCCGUGAGCUGGAGGCCGCAUUGCAAAAGUUCAAGACGGUUUCCGAGCCAGUUCGUGCGGCUGAGAGGAAGGUUGCUGCAUCAGAAAAGCCUCCAAAGGCUACCGCAAAAGCCAAGGCGAAGGGUAAGGUGGCGGCAAAGUAG